CCUCUAUUAGCCUGUAGCUUCCAAUUUGCCCUUCUCUCUCUGUCUCUUCUUUAGCUUAACACUCCUCCUCUCGCUCUCUCCUCUUCCUCUGUUACGGCGGCAGCGGCUCUUCCAUUUCUUCCUCUUUUUUUAUUCUUAGAUCGGUUCUUGCGCCAUCUCUCUCUGUGUAGCUCGAUCUGCAAUCGAAUCGAUCUAGGUGUUCUUGGGUUUCUUUAAAAAAGAAUCGCCAUGAUUGCGGCCACGCAGCAGCAGCAGCAGCAGCAGCAAGCAACAGCAACGGCGCCGUCUGCAGAAGAAGAGGCCUUGAAAAGGAAUACGGAUUGCGUUUACUUUCUUGCUUCUCCUUUAACCUGCAAAAAGGGAAGUGAAUGUGAGUAUCGCCAUAGUGAAUAUGCCCGGGUAAACCCAAGGGAUUGUUACUUCUGGUUGAAUGGGAAUUGCUUGAAUCCAAAGUGUGGGUUUCGUCAUCCACCCCUUGAUGGCUUGUUUGGAACCCAAGCAUCAGCUUCUGCUGGAUCCUCUUUACCUCCAUCACAUAUGGCAGUGGCAACUGCCAUGAACACACCUCAAAAUUCAGCUAAACAAGCAGUCCCAUGCAUUUUCUUCCAGAAGGGGCUCUGCCUAAAAGGUGAUAGAUGUGCUUUCUUACAUGGACCUAAUCCUACUAGUAACAAAGUUUCACAGUCGAUGGUACACUCUAGUACUGAACUCUUACCUCAAAAGAAGGCUUCUGGUGGCCCUCAAAAGUUGUCUCAAGACCAUAAGACUCCACAGGCAAAUUCCUUGAAGGGAGCUGGAGCACCUGCUGAAGCUAAACCUGCUUCUAAACCAGAAAUUGUUCCACCAAGAAAUGGGGCAGGGGUUGAAAGGAAUCUUCCACCAUCUAAAAGCAUGGAUGCUGAGCUUUCUAAAUACAAAGCAACAAAUCUUCCUCCUGUUGUCAAUGGAAGCUCAAGUCAUUUUAAUCGCGUGCAUCAGUCACAAGUACAAGAUGAUCAUGUUUUCCAGAAUGGUAAGGAUGCUGAUGAGUUUUUGAGGGAGUCCUCUCCUGGUUUUGAUGUUCUUGUAGAUGAUGAGUUGAGAAAUUCUGAUUAUUACCAUGGUGAAGAUCAAUACGGAAGGACAAGAGGUCAUGAAGGAAGGAGCUUGAACCCUGUGGAUGAAUAUGAUAUGGUUCAUUCUGCUGAUUACAGUUCAGUUGCUGACAUUGACCGAGAAACAUAUCGUGAUCUACGAGACUAUGAUACAUAUGAACUCAUGCAAGGGCAACAUGCUUGGGAACAACGUAGGGAUUCAUCAGAGAGAGUGCUAGAUGGGCCAGCUCAUUUGGAACGGAGAGCGUACUUAAAAGCAGAUAGCCCUGAACUCGUUGAUGAGUCAGAUCUGCGCUAUCGCUUGUCAAAACAGAGGAGAGUUCAUGGCUUGAGAUCAGUUGUCAGUCAUGAUUUUUUCCCAGAAAACCACGUUGAGGAGAGAGGUCAUUGGAGUUCUUCACAAAGGGACUCGCAUAAUUUUCCCUCGCGUGAAAGCUCUAUGAGUAGCCUUCUUCAUGGUAGGAUAAAGCUUCCAGAAAGAUCUACCAAUGGCAGUGAUUUACAUGUAGAAAUGGAAAUAGGCAGAGGUAGGAAUUGGGGCAGAUUGUCAUCUGGGAUGUCAGAGAUCCCAUCUCAUCAAGGCAGGCUUCGUGACAGAAUAAAAGCUAGGGUGGAAGAGGACUACAAUACUGAAGGUAGAAAUCUUAGAGGUAUGCGAAUGAGGAGGGAAAUGACAGAUGAGAGGAGAACUGAUUUUGCUGGUCCUAAAAGUCUGGCAGAGCUGAAAGGUACAAAAAAUAUAGAGGGUAGGAUGCAGCAAUCCCUUGGAAAGAGAAAACAACUGGAAGAUCAUCGACCAUCAGGCAAUCUUUCUUUCGAAGGCCCAAUGCCUCUUAGUGAGAUUCUAAAGAGAAAAAGAGAGGCUGAAGCCGCAGCUACUGGGAGUGGAGUAUCUUUUGUCAGUAAGAAUGAAAAUAAUCAGAAAGAAAGUAAGGAAAGCUUGCUCGGAAACUCCUACAGUGCAGGAGUUGCAGAGACACGAGGUGAUCUUUCAUCCACAAAGGAUGAAGCCAGCAAGCAAGUGCUUAAAGAUGAAAAAUCCAAUUCUGCAGCUGCUGCUGUUGUUGGGACUGUCGGAGAGUCUACUGAAGUUGCAGCUGAUCAACAUGCUUCUCAACAGCCUAAUCCAAGUGAGCCCGAGACUGAGGACGUGAUGACUGUGGAAGAUGGUGUGGAAGAUCAUGAGUAUGAAGCUGAUGAUCAAAGGGAAGGGGACUAUGAAUAUGAGCAAGUUGAUGAAGGAGAGUAUUAUGAGGAGGGUGAAAAUGCAGACGCAGAAGAGCAAUAUGCGGACGAUGAAGAUGGAGAUGACUUUGCUAAGAAAAUUGGUGUGAUGUACUAGUGAGGGGAAUUGAGAAGUUGAUGCUUUUGGCUCUUAUUGUGGUUUGUUGACUGCAUUGGGAACUCAUUGUGGUUGGUUGGUUUUGAUCAACAAGAGUUGUAGUUGCCAUGGAUUUGCUUUGUAGAAGUAGGGAUAUCAAGUUCUCAUCUAGUUUUAAUUUCAACCUUUAAAUUUUUUUCUUUUUAGUUAUUGUAUUUAAAACUGAUUGAAUGAAAGAUUUUCUUGUGCUUGGGGCGCAGCUUUUGCCUUCAGCCCAUCAGUUCUGCUCGCACAGAAAGGCAGGAAUGUAACAAUAGAAAAUUUAAUAAGAAAACUGCUGCUUACACCUCUCA